AUGGCUGACGUCACGACACCAGCGAGGUGUGGCGCCGCGUGCACAGCUUGUGCCAGCACUCCGCGCCCGCCACACACCCGCACUUGCUCAGCUGGCUGCAGCGACACACGGCCCGCACCGUACUGCAGCGAGGCGUGGCGCCGCGUGCACAGCUUGUGCCAGCACUCCGCGCCCGCCACACACCCGCACCUGCUCAGCUGGCUGCAGCGGCAUACGGCCCGCACCGUACUGCAGACAAAAUGGAGUAAAGAACAACAGGACAGCCUCGAGGAGGCGAUAAAUGAGUUCAUCGAAGAGACAAAGACAGGGCGCGCCUGUAAAGAUGGCGUCAGCCCGCCGUGGGAGACACAGCUACUGCAGAGGGGGCAGUGGUUCAAGCGGGUGCUGUCCAAUCCCUGGGGGCACCCCGUGCUACGCAUCCUGUUGGACCCGAAGUCCACGCAGCCGACGGAUGACGAGAUUCUAGAAUGGCUGAAGGAAGAGCGCGGCGUGAUGUUCGUGACGCGGCUGCGUCAGCUCGCCACGUCAAAAUGCGCCGACUUGGCCGUCAUACUCGUCACGGCCGUCAUGGACCGCGUGCGGGUUGGCGUCGAGCUUGCGACCGACAGCGAGCAAAGCGAGGAGCCCAGAGACAAACCCAAGCCGCCGAAUGAGAAGCCGACGUUUGCCGACAUCCUGACGUCAGACGCCGGUUUUACGGUUGACGUUUGGGAGCUACUUACCGACAUUGAGUUUGUGCUUCUACACAAGGGGGACAAGCGCUCCAAAUGUAUAGACUUGGCCAAGCAGACGCCUCUCCGCAACGGCUACCAGCUGGUGGAGAGGCUGCAAGGCCGCCUGGAGACUUCGCCCCGCGAGAAGAAGCUGUGGAAGAAUGCCAAAGAAGUCGCCACACUGAUUGCUCAGGUGGUGAUAGCGCGUUGUAUGGUGGUACCAGUGUGCAGCAACACAGCUCGCACGGCGCUGUACUGCUGCGCGCGCUCGCUGGCGCGUCUGCUGCCCGCCGCGCGCCUCGCGCCCGCCGCCGCCGCAUUAGCAGCGCCCGCUGCCACUGCGAGGCAUCUGCAUACGCUGGCUGCGGCUACGCAGGCGCAGGCUUUAGUGUCGGUGUGCAGCAACACAGCUCGCACGGCGCUGUACUGCUGCGCGCGCUCGCUGGCGCGUCUGCUGCCCGCCGCGCGCCUCGCGCCCGCCGCCGCCGCAUUAGCAGCGCCCGCUGCCACUGCGAGGCAUCUGCACACGCUGGCUGCGGCUACGCAGGCACAGUGCCCAUCGGACAUGAAACCUUUUGUGUGUGAACUGUACGUGCGUGCCAUAACAGCCGGCAUGAAUGAACUGGAGAGGCUCAAGUUGAAUAAGGAAAAGCAAGCCGAAGCGCGUCUCCAAGAGCAGAUGUUGGCGACGUGGUUCACACAGCUGGGGUCGCUCCUGGCUGACAGCUCGCGUCUUCGCUGCGAGUGCGCGUUGACAGCCUUCAGCGUGCACCCCGCGCCUGCUAUGUACGCGCUCAUACAACAGGCGCCGGCGCUGCCACGUCUGCACGCGCAGUGGCGGCGCGUGACGUCACGGGUUAAGCUGGUGCUAGCGCCUGCCAUGUACGCGCUCAUACAACAGGCGCCGGCGCUGCCACGUCUGCAUGCGGCGAGUUGUAGGUACGUGACGUCACCGCUGCUGCCGGCCAAAGCUCGUGACGUCAUCAUGCAGCUGGGGUCGCUCCUGGCUGACAGCUCGCGUCUUCGCUGCGAGUGCGCGCUCACAGCUUUCAGCGUGCAUCCCGCGCCUGCUAUGUACGCGCUUAUACAGCAGGCGCCGGCGCUGCCACGUCUGCACGCGGAGCAAGACGUGAAAGAGGAAACCACAUCGGAAUUCGGCAGUUGGGCGACCGACAGCCGGACUCAGUCCAACCUAGUCAAAACGUCCGAGACUCUCAACAUCAAGCACACGCAGCACCAAGGCAACGUGCUGUCCACGGCGAUACUGACGGAGGGCGAAGCCCUAGGGCUCAGCCCGGAGCUCUGCCAGGACCUAGCCGUGCUGCUGUCCGGGCCUAGAGUGAAGACGCUUUCGUGGGAUAUGGACAGGGAAGCCCUCAUAGAAAACUGCCGGGCGUACAUGGAGCGAACCCACGGAGGCACCCGAGCGCUGACGACGGAGCUCAAGUACCUCAACCUCGACCCGAGCUCGUAUAUGCACUUGCCGGAGGAAGACGACUCUGCUGAGAACGACGCUUUCUACGGGAUUGAGAAAGGCUAUGAACACCUAGUCGAAGUUCAAGAGCAAGAAGAAAUAUGGCAGGACGCUUUCUCUGACGCCGAGAGGACCGAGAGCGCAAGCUCGGGCUUCGAGGUCGUCCAAACCUCAGUCAAAAAGAAGAAGAAGAAGAAAGUCCCAGUACUAUCCUCAGAAGAAGAUUCUGACCCAUUAAGUCUAGUCGCCGAAGCGAAACGCACCGAGAAGAAAACAGAACGGCCCCACAGCAAAGAGAGAAGUAAAGAGAGGAAGGAGGCCAAAAAGAAACCCAAAUCCAAAGACGGCUCAGACAAGAAAGAAACCAGUCGCGAGAGGCGGAAAGAUGAAUCAGACCCUAAAGAAAAGAAAGAGAGAAAACCACGGAAGAAGAAGAUCAAAGAAGAAUUUCCCAUGGUUGAUUGCAAACCUGGCUCUUUGUCCAGCCUCAUCGGCAUGAAAGUGUCUAAAGUCAAAUUACCUGAAGGAAAAUACAGAAAUCUGCCAGACAUGACAAGAGUGUCGGCGCCUUGUUUCACUGAUAGUGACUAUGACAGUCAAGGGAAGUCCUCCCUAGCGUCUCUGAACUCUGAGGGCAACGACCCAGAUGUACUAUUCGAUGGACUAUACAAUAUGGAAGACUACAAGUCGCCGGAGAAAGGCGACCCGUUGGCCCUUAGAAACACAUUCUCCAACAGUGAGAUGAGUGUCGCCAACGGUCGGGUUGCUUUCAACACUACAUCCUCUAAUAAUCAAUACAGGCUAAAAACCGGCCCCAGUACUGCAAAUACGACACAAGAUCUCAACUCGCCUGACAACGCAGCCAUUAGAGAAGAAGUCAAGAAAAGUAUAUCGAGGCUCAUUGAAUUCAGACGCCAGAAGUCUCUUCUUGAAGAGACACAGAUCUUAAAGUCUCUAGCAGCAAGUCCGGCCAUGUCUUCGUACAGUGAUAAAAGUGCAUCGCCCAAAUCUAGUCCGAUUGUGAAACCAAACAUUGAUAAUAGUGCUUCAAUAAUUAAGUCUCCCAACGCGAUAAUUCGCCACGAGUGUCCCGAACCGACUGUGUUCAGUCCCAAGGCUGUGGAAGUCCCGGAUAUACCCAAAGCUUACAUUAACAAAAAGCAGGCUGAAACGCUGAAAGAGCUCAAACAUGAAGUCGACUCGAUGCUGCACGCCCAAUACUCAAAAAAUCCAGUCAUCCACUACGCUAACAAGUCAACUGUACAACCUAGUCAUGAGUCAUCACAGCAGUAUUGUCCACAAUAUUCAAAAUACGGAAUCAGUCCGACCAGGUCCAGUGAGAAUGUUCCCAACCCACUGGAUGAUGAGAAAGAACUUCAAAAGAAUUUUCAAGAUUUCCUUAGGGAGUUGCAGGAGUCGAUAAACGCCGGUACAGCGGCUGGCAAAAAGACUACCCCUCCCAAAAAACCCAGAGUAAGGAAAGACGUGAAACCCGUUAGUAGGGUGACGCCAAUCUCUCCACAUUUAUCCAGAACGGAACCUGGAACCUCAUCUCAAUGUGCCAAAUCAACAAUUCAGUCGACUAAGAAAGUUGACAACCAGCUGAAUACGUUCGCGCGACUCAGCUACAUGCAUAGAAACAAACAAAGUGAUAUGAGACUUUAUAAACAACUAGCUGAAUUAGGCUAUCCCGAAUAUCAAGCAGCGGCCCGCCGUUCUGACGAGCAAAAAAUCAAGUACCUUCAAGCCAAAGGUGACAUAUCGAUACUGAGAGUUGGCCAAACGCAUGUUCCGCCGAAAGACGAAAUUCAAAUUACCAUGCGAAAAGCAGAGAAGCCAUCGUCGAUUACAAAAGAUCACCCUGUCAUAUCAAGUGUGCUGCAGGGAAAGUAUGUGACUCCAACCAAACCCAAAAACGAGACCCCAGUUAGGAGUUUUCCGUAUCAGUCUGAAAAACCUGUAGCUAAAGACUCUGCACUCUCGGAGAAAGACCAGAACGAUUUGCUGCUUUUGCUACGGCAGCAGAGCAAACUAAAUAGCCCUGCUUCUUACAUGAGCUCAGAUGUAAAUCGUUCGCCGAUCGUGAAUAAUCCGCAGUACCCUAAAAUUGCUAGUACCAGUCAUAGCACCUCUCAGAACCACAAUCAAGUACCACCUGUCAGUAAGUCAGUUAUCAGAAGUCCGUCAACAGAAAGAAAAAGUACUAGUGUUCAACAAUAUGAAGGUUGCAGAAUUAUGCACUGUGAAUCCUCACCGGAUACGCGUACCAAACCCACAGACAGUAAAUCAUGUAACUUUAGUAAGACCACGAUUAGCAAGAAAAUAGAUGCUACAAUAAGCAAAGCGCUGAAUAUUACGCUUCCGGAGGAGACGGACAUCAGUUUGAGUCCGAAUGACAAAUCGCCUGAUAGUAUACCACAGAGUGUAGAAAAUAAAAAACCAAAGAAUAGUAAAAAAUCUUCAAAAUCUUCUGGAUCUUCAAAGAAAUCUAGCAUUCCAGUUGCUAAAUGUGACACUAAACAUCUGCAUCAUCAUCCCGAACCUAGUCCGAAUAAAACUGAACCACAGGAUUGGGAGAGUGUUAUGGAUGCACUCUUAUCACAUAAGACUCCUAGUUUAGGACCCAAUGCCCUUGCCGUGGCGUUGAAAAAAGACAGCUAUGCAAAAACCGCCUUGCGAAAUCAGAGGAUCAUAAGAAAGAAAGAACUGCAGUUUAUGCAUAAAGACCCACCUAAAACGCAGGAACCAGCGCAUAGCGAAGCAGUUACGUCGACGGUUACAAACGAUGGCCCAGCAGAGCAGACAACAGUGACUGACUUGAGUAUGAAGAAGACAGCGCCGAAUGACAGCAAAGCACCAGUGGAACCAAAAGGAUCCUCCGAGAUUCAAAAGACAUACCCGUGCCCAGCUUUCAAAGAAAAAGACCCGUUCAUAUCUGGCAUACCUAACUCAGACUACGAUCUCCUAGAGGAGUUGAUGGAUGACGAACUUAGAAAAGAAAUAGGUGAGCUGUCGUCAGAUGAUGACACAUACAAAACACCAGCGGCUAGCAGUACAAAGGUCAUUAAAAUGGCCCCCAGUGCAAAGUAUACUAAUGUGAUCAAAAGUGUACCACCCAAGGAUAUCCAAAGCGUUGAACCGCGAUGUGGCACUUCCAAUGUUAAUCAAAACGCUCGCGAGUCUAUCAUUCAAAGUAACAGGCGAAUAAUCAAGACUAACGAAACGGCCAAAAAGAACAACACAAUAAAAUCAUCAGAACAACCAAUGAACAUCGUCAAUACCAAACACAAAAUUGACAUAAAACCAAAUAAACAAUCACUUCUCAAAGUACAGGCACCUGCGACCACCGUGCAUUCUCAGCCCCAAACUGUGGAGCCCCAGGCUUACGACAGCACUAAGAAUGCGAGGGCUCACAUCAACAUCGUUGACGCGAGGAAUAUAUUGAUCACAGCGCCUAAGCCGGCUGCUAACAAACCAGUCACGACCACGCCUGUCGCAACUAAGCCAGCUACGCCCAAAGUGGUAGUGCUUGGGUCUGAAGUACUGUACAAUCCUUAUGUGGCAGUACAAACGCCAAUACAAACUGGCUUAUGUAAUAUCAAUCAGACUCCGUACGUGGCACUGAAUACUACUUCGCCCAACAUCAAGAUUUAUCAAACGACGCAGUACGCAGCGCCGGUGGUUAACCCGGUAAUCAUCGGCAAUGCUAUGACUAUGCCAUCAUCAGAACCUGUGCAAACCAUGCUGUCACCUAACCAGACGCAAGCUAAAUCUACUAGUCAUUUCGAGUUCCCUGUACCCCACGAUUUACCACAAAAUAGCUCGAAUGUGAGCCUAGACACUACAAAUUAUGAUGAAGGUUAUACGAACCUAAUAAAUGAGACGAAUGUCGACCAACUUCUUCAAGCUCCUAAACCACAACCAGACGUCAACUCUGAAUUACACGCCAAGACUAAUCUAGACUACAAUUACAAUAAUAACUGCGAAGUGCAAGAUACUCAACCGGUCAAUCUUUCCAAAACUAUAAAUGACCCGAAACAAAGAUAUGAAACUCAGAUUGUGUUACAAACUCAAAUCCAGCCAAUUUUAUACAAUCGUGUGGAAGAGGAUAGCGAAAAACCUAAUGACGAUGAAGAGCUCGCAAGGAUAAUGGUCAAGCGUUUGUCAAUUAUUGAUAGGCAAAUAUUACAUCGAUCGAAUGCGCCUGCCAUUCCACUGGGCUAUGCGCCGUUAAAUCCGCCUCAGGAAGAGGUGCGUGUUUUAAGUCAAGAGAAAACUGAUCUUCCUGUAACUAGUCCUGAUUUAAGUAAUGAAACCAUCGUCAACGAUAAAGCAAAUGCUGAAACAGUACUUAAUACCGAAAUUGUUACCACACAAAAAACCAGUGAAAGUAGCAAAGAAAGUGACAAUAAAAUACCGUGUCGACGCAUACUCCUUCGUUCGUCUAACGAUCUCAAAGCGAUUACAACAUCAAAUCUUCAAGAUCAGCGCAAUCCGGUAGGUCGAAAAACCAAAGUCAGACUCAAAUCAGAGACAGUAACAGAAAAUAAGGAUGCAGAACAGAAAAAUGCAAAUGACAAAGAUGUCAAAGAGAAAGACACAAAUUCACCAAAACGCAUAUCUAAGAGAAUACUUAAUAAAAAAUGUGACGCUUCCCAAAAAGAUGAAAUAGAAGAUACUGCUAAAAAUACUACUGAAUCAACCCCAAUUCAAACUAGCAAACGUAAAAAGAAAAUACUGAAAGCAAAAAAACAAGUCAUUGUUGCACCAGAGGAGAUCAAAGAAAAUAUACAACAAGAAACGGUGGUGGAAAACGCGAUUGUCGCUCCGCCAUCGGACAAAACCGUAGAAACUCAAGAAAUUCAACCUAUUGUAAUAGAUACUGAUACGUGUAAUAUUGCUGAAAAUGGAUAUGACAUGGACAUAGAAGCCGCGUUAUUAGGAUCAAAAAUACCAAAGAUACCAAGCCUCAUUACCGAAUAUAUUUCAAAAAACGAGGCUGAUAGUACUCCAGAGCCUGACGUAAAAAUAGCUCGUCCGGUCAGGAGAAAGAGAAAGCCUAGGAAGUUUAGUGAUCAAAUAACCGAAGAUGAUGAUACUUUAGAAAGUUUGACAGCAUCCUCAGAUAACCUUAAUGAUGAGUCCCAACAAGUAAACAACAGUGUAUCACCGUCUGAUAAGGAACCAGGAAAGACUGGCGUUACCAUAUCAAUCAUAAGAAGCAAGAAAGGUAAAGGAAAGACUAGAUUCGGCAUCAAAUUGAUUAAUUCGCCAAAUAAACCUGUAGUGCAAUCAGCCCGUCCUAAGAGGAUCAAAAAUGCAAAGAAGAAACCAGAACCUACAAAUAUUGCUGAUAACUUACCUGAAACAUCUGAAGUAGUUAAUGACACUGAGACGACACAGCAUGAAGGUCGCGUUAUCAAAGUCAAAAAAUCACAUAAAAAGCAAGAGCCAGUAUCGUCCGGGACUACAGAUAAUGUUCCACCCGAAACGAUAACUCAUGCUGAAGCAAGUUCCAACAGUGAAAAAAUUGAAGUGUUGACAUUGCGACACCCUUGA